AUCAGGGACCCCAGGUCUCUGAAACUUGAGAGGAAGGUGGGCAGGGCAGCGCAGGUAGAGGCGUUUAAAAGGAGAGGGACUCGUUCUUCCAGUGAGCGCUGGUUUCCUAAAUCUUUGCAGGUGGGUUCUGCCGGGAGCGCGGCAUUGCGGCCGAGCUGCUUCUUGGAAAAGGGCGUCAAAGAGCAGCUGAGGCAGGCUCAACUUUUGGCUGCAACGUUUCCACUCUGAAAAAAGCCUCAUCGAGCUGGUGAGGGAAAUCUUCCCAGAGGGAGUCGGAUGUCCGUACAACUGAACGGAGGCCUGCAGCUGAAGACGGCAGCGAAAAGUAAAGAGCUAAAAUCUUUAGUUUUUGACGUGACCACCUCUGACAGAUGCGCCGGUAAGCGACGCAAAUCACAGCUGCGGCGAGAACGAAGGAGAGAACCGACAAAGUGGCUGCUGCACCAGAGUCUGCGGAGGGCUGCGAGCAGAAAGCUCAGCGCAAGAUGACCCGCAGCCCCAAAUGCGCCCGCUGUCGAAACCACGGCGUCGUGUCGUGCUUGAAAGGCCACAAGCGCUUCUGCCGCUGGAGGGACUGCCGAUGCGCCUGCUGCCUGCUGGUGGUGGAGCGUCAGCGCGUCAUGGCAGCGCAGGUUGCGCUGAGGAGGCAGCAGGCUGCCGAGGGUAAAAAGGGGGUCAAGUGUUCAGCUCCAUUGAGGAGAACAGCAUAUCAGUGUUUUACCAAAGCAGCUGACUCAGGCAUUGUGGUUAAGAGCAACCCGGAGGGGCUAAAACAUCUGAUGACCCCAGAGGACAGUGUGUCCAAUUGGUCUAAGCAGCACCACCAAAGCAACUUUCCAUGCCCCUCCAUCAGCACCCGCAUGAGGAAGAGGCGAGCCUUUGCAGACAAAGAGCUGGAAAACGUGAUGCUGGAGCGCGAGUUAAGACAGAAAGAGCUGCAGAGCGAAGUUUCCUUCUCUCCCUCCGCUCUCAUGCCCAUACUUCAUCCUCUACCUCUCCCCGUCCCCCCAUGCCUCCGCUGCUGCUCCACCAACAAGGACUCUUCCUCUGCAGGGACUUCCAGCUGCGUGCCUGUAUAUAAAUAUAAGCAGCUCUGUGACUGUGGCCUCCAGUUUUAUGAUUUCUUCCACCUAAAGAGUAGGCGCUCCACAGGAGAUCACUAUGAUGACUUUUUAUCAACCCAGAGCUCAUCGCAGCACAGGGAGGAUAAAGAGGCACAGAAUGGUUGGAGAGACUGUAGGAAGAGAAGCGAACCAGAGCCAACACCCCCAGCAUCACAUCAACGACUCAAAACCGAUAACGUACCAUGCAUCUGCUUUGUCAAACCAAUGUUAAAACAAACAGAAACAAUCAACAUAGAUCAUUUUUCAACAUCCAGACUCUCAACGUUUGGAUCAGACCUGCCUGUUUUAAAUGAAUUGGGUGUCCCGGCUCACAGCAGGACUUUUGAUUCCAGACAUUUAGCAGGAAGAGGCUGGAACACAGGCCCUCCUUCCACCGAAGCAAAUCCUUGUAUGGACUUUGUGGCGGGUUCUCAUCAUGGCGCAGUGAGGACACCGACCGCAAAGCCGUUGCCUUUUUCUGUGGAGGCUCUGCUGAGAGCCUGACAGGCAAGUGGAAAGUGGAAAGUCUAAAUGCACUUUGCUGUAUGAGAGCUUGAAUGUAAAGCACAAAUAUUAUAACUCCAAUCCAUGCAACACAUAUGCAUUAUUUAAAUGUUGUAAGACAUAUUUUGGCAAUUCUUUAUAUAUUGUUGCACAGUACAUUUUAUAGAUAAAUAUCUUUGGUUACCAUCAUUUUAUGUAAAAGUCUGCUUUGGCUAUAUUUUCGAGCAGCGAUAUCUUCAUCCUCCUAUGCAGUGCAAUAAAAAUAUAUCAAAUCCAGUUGUGUUUUACUUAUAUCUGCACAUGCUGCACCAAUACAACAGAAACCUUAUGAAACUUAAAGCAUCGGAACUGAAUCAGAAUUCAAAUGUGGAUGUCCUUUUUACUGUUC